AUGUACACAGGCAGCAGCUGCUGCGUGUCGGGCCUUCGCUGCGAGUACAAGGACUCUAAGUACUCGCAGUGCGUCAUGGACGAAUCCAGCACGCAAACCUGCGCGCAGAUCUGGCAACAGUGUGGCGGUGCUGGCUGGACUGGCUCCGAAUGCUGCGUUGAGGGCCUGACCUGUGUCUGGGGCAACGAGCACUACUCCCAGUGCCUGCGUCUUCCCGGCUCCCUUAUCGAAGGAACUGUUCAGGAGGUGUCGGUCGAAAAGCGAACGCGCCUCCGCAAGUCAAGGCGCGCUGCUGCGCUGGAGUCACGGCCGUGGCUGGUGCAACGCCGCGCUGUCACUGCCAAAGUCAAAGAAAGUGAGCUGUAG